GUGGUAGGCGAGAUGCUCCACCGUAGGGCCUCCUAGCAUCUGCUCCCUUUUCUAUAGGUAAUCUAGUUUUUCGACCCCUUUCUGUCCCUUUUUUACGUGUUUUUCAAUCCGUUUUACCCCAAAGUUUUCCUUAGUGAUAGUUUUGUGUGGUGAAACUGAGUUUUGAGCCAGUUAAACCAUCGAAUACCCACCUGGAACGCCCCCACUGGUAUGACGACCAUUUGGUGAUCUAAGCAGUUGGAUAACACUAUACACAGGAUGGACUCCUCACUCCUCACCCCCUUCCUGGCGGUAGCCCUGCUCCUGACCCUGAGCUCGGCGGCCCUCUACGACCCGGCGCUCACCUCGAGCGACUCGCAGAUCGCCCCCGACGUCCGCGUCGACUGCAGCGGCAACGAGAUCUCGGUGGCCAUCGACACGGCGAGCCCGCUCUUCAACGGGAUGAUCUACCCGAAGGGCCUCUCCAAGAACUCCUCCUGCAUGGCCGAGUUCUACGACAACCAGUCCCCCGUCGUCUACAAGCUCCCGCUCCGCUCGUGCAACACCAUGUCCACCCAGCUGGACGACGGCAGCGUCGAGUACUUCAACACCAUCGUCGUCCAGCCGCACCGGAAGCUGGUGACGAACCAGGGCCGCGGCUUCCACAUCCGGUGCCGCUACCAGAUCCGCGACAAGACCAUCUCCAACGACGUCAACGUCAACACCCUCGAGCCGACCAUGCUCCACGCCACGGCCCCCAUGCCCGGCAGCGCCAUGAAGAUCUUCUACGGCGACCCCACCGGCAAGGAGGUCGCCGAGAACGUCAAGAUCGGCGACCCUCUCACGCUCGUCGUCUCCAUCGACGCGCAAGAAGCCUUCGGGCUCCGCGUCACGGACUGUCUCGUGCGUGACGGGCUCGGCUGGGGCGAGCAGAAACUCGUCGACAAAGACGGCUGCCCCGUGGACCCCGAGAUCAUGGGUCCGUUCAAAUACAGCCCCAACAUGACAACUGCUUCCGUCACCUUCCAGGCUCAUAAAUUCCCCUACACCGCGUCCGUGUACUACCAAUGUAACGUCCAGCUUUGUGUGAAGACCGACGGUAGCUGCGACCAGGUCCCCGACUGUAGCCGACCUAGAGGGAUGCGUCAACGACGAGAAGACAGCGGGAAAGAGGAACAGGGGCGCAUCACCCCCAUUGAGGUCUACAGUGGUCUCUACGUCAACGAAGCCACCGAUCUUGGGAAAUCUGACCAAUACGACCUCACGGUUGAGGCUGAUCCUCUGGACGACCCGUACAAUAUCUGUGUCUCCCAGAGGAGCUUCGCCAUUGGUAUCGCCAUCGCUGGUCUCGUCUUGAUGUUGCUCACCGUCCUCGCGGUUCUCAUCCUGCUCACCAGGAAGCGCUCGCAUAAGGAUAUCUCCACAACCGGCAGUUCCAUAUAUAGUGGACCGUACACUAACACCGCUUACAGCCGUAGUAGUUAGACUGUGAUUUUCUACCUAUGCCACGCAUACUUUCUUUAAAUCUGGGCCACAUUUUUUAAUCGAGGGAUCGCUAUUUUUGGCUCGUUUUGAAAAAUGAUAUUGGUUUUUCCUAUGCAGGCGAAUGAGUCGGAAAUAGUGGUUUUUUGUUGCAACAUGUGAUCCUUUUAGGUUUAAGUUUCGAGUCUUUCGUGGGUAUGGAUUGCCACCCGAUGUUGGAUAAUGCUAUAUCAUGAAGUUUUGUGUUCGGUGCUUUGCUUUGGUGUGCCAAAGGCAGAAGGUCAAGGAAACCAUAGGUUGAGAAGUGAAUAUUCAACUUCGGCCUCUUUUUUUAUCCUUCCACAAAAGGAUAGGAAAGGGGUGACUGAAAGGUAAUUUGAUUUGAUUUUUAAAUUAAGAUUGAGGAAGAAGCCUACGUCCGUACAUUGUAUGUCGCGAAAAGUAUCAAAGGAUCUGUUUGAAAUUUUAAGCAUGAACACUGACAAAGAAUCAACUGCCAUAGAUUAUAAAAAUACCGGUGAGUUCGUUUUGAACUUAUUUUCCUAAAACCUUAAGCAGUUUAAAUGUUUUAAUAUUUCAAGUUGUUUAAAUUUUUAGACUUUGAAAGGAGCGAAUGAGUUCCGAAGAGUUUAUGCAAUUUUUUUAAUGUUUUUUAUUUCCGGAAAUAUUAUCACAAAUUGUUUGUAUUAUACAAUGCCUCGCACCACCCAUCAGUCAUUCUAACACAGCUAUGAUAUAGAUAAAAAGGUCUUCUUUUUCUGGCCUUUCUUUCCAACUUCCUCAGUUCGAAUACUGUUCAAUGUUCUGUUCAUUCGGAGCAGCUGCCUGAUAAUUGUACAUGGCAUCGGACACUUUUGGCUUUUAAAUCGAAUUGAAAUAUUAUCAAACUUGCAUUUGCUGUCUUAUUCGUACUCCUUUUCAAAACAAUAUUUUCUUUUUUAUUGUGAAACGUUUAUAUCAAGUAUUUUUCUUGUAACAAACAUGUGAUAUUACUUUUAUUUAAUUCAAUUCCAGAAGAAAUAAUUUUCAAAUCUCUUUGCUUUCACCAAAAUAUUCUUAAUUUUGUAUGGAAUUUCACAAGAUUUACGAAAAAAUAAUUCAUUUCUUUGAAACGGAAUCUCCAAUUUUACAUCGUCAUGCAUUCUAGUCACAAUAUUUAGAUUAUUUUAUUUCUUUUGAAUUUAUUUAGUAUUCUCACAAAAUUGUCCUGGUAUGCGUUAUCCUCCCGUCAUGGUGGUCAUCUUUAGGUGAAAGGGUUCUUAAUUUACUAUCUCUCCUAUUCUUCGUAGUCUAAGCGUAUGUGCAGAGCCUUCCACCAAGCUUUUGAAAGUACUUAAUUUAAUAAACUUUUAAUGCGACUAAUAAUGUUAACUUCACGAACUUGAAUUCCUUCAUGUAAAUACUCGAUAAUUCCUAAGAACUCCGUCCAUUUAGUAUUUAAGGUACACAGUGCCCAAUUUUUUCAUGGUAUUUUCAAUUGCAAUGACGCAUAAAAUGAUCGAUAGUAUAACUUCAAGAUAAAGCACAAACUAAAUAAUGGAUCGAGAAUCGAGUAGAAAUGCGUGGCUUUAUCUUUGUCUUCUCUUUUAAUCAUGCAGUUGACUGACCAUUCAUAGACGAUAAAAAAUGACCUCUUCUCGAACAAUAGAUUACCUGGAAAUGUUUUCGAUAAUUUUUUUUACUGUCCAAGCAUAAUAUAGCAUCACGUGUCCUUUCCUAACUUAUGUGAUUAGUUUAAGUAAACAUUUAUGCAAUAAUUUAAUUUUAUUUGUACUGACUUACUUGCUAAAACUUUUUUUCUCUUAAAUAAAUAUGUUCAUUUAUUUUUAAAA